CAUUUUCUUUCGCGUUUUUUAUUCAGUCUGUGAAGGAGCUCCUGCGGAAUAAAAAAAAUACUUAUAUCCAAGUGCGCAAAAAAAAAAAGAAAUGAAUUAAGAAAUGAUUCGCGCAUUCAAAUGUGUCUUCUGUGUGUUCUGCCUCGCAGCUCUGGAGGGACCAUCAUACACUUUCAGUCUCCAUGCUUCUUUAACAGAUAACAUAUUGGAGCCCCUCAAGAGCCUGUUUCUCCAAAGAGAGCCAAGCAAGGCCCAUUCCAGGUUUUCCCUAAGGAAACCAACGUUGCCUGACGAAGACAUCUGCUACAUUGUGCCAGGCAAAUCUGAAACCUUGCACAACUGCAGUUUCAACAGUACAGCAAAAACGUUUCUGGUGAUACAUGGAUGGACGGUGAGUGGGAUGUUUGAGAGCUGGGUGGCCAAACUGGUAGCCGCGCUGUAUGACAGGGAGAAAGGUGCCAACGUGGUAGUGGUGGACUGGCUGGACAUAGCUCAGAAUCACUAUGGUGUAGCAGCACAUAAAACUCAAGAGGUGGGACAAGAGGUUGGACGAUUCAUUGACUGGAUAGAGGGGACAACCAAUAUUCCUCUGGAGAAAGUUCAUCUCAUUGGCUACAGCCUUGGUGCCCACAUUGCUGGAAUCGCAGGCAGUAGUGCCAACAAAAAAGUUGGAAGGAUAACAGGUCUUGAUCCAGCAGGACCAGAUUUUGAAGGAGUCCACGCACACCGCCGGCUUUCCCCUGAUGAUGCCCAUUUUGUGGAUGUUCUUCACACCUUCUCAGGAGGAUCUCUGGGCCUCAGCAUUGGUAUCGAACAGCCAGUUGGCCAUGUGGACAUAUACCCGAAUGGAGGUAGCUUCCAACCUGGCUGCAACCUACGAGGAGCCCUCAAGAACCUGGCAUCUUAUGGAUUGCUUGCAAUGAACAACGUCAUCAAUUGUGAGCAGGAGAGAUCAGUUCAUCUGUUUAUUGACUCAAUUAUAAAUGGGGCAGAGGCCAGUAAAGCCUACAGCUGCGGUAGCAGUGCAAUGUUUGAGCGUGGAGUGUGUCUCAGGUGCCACAAGAACCGUUGCAGUACAGUGGGCUAUGAUACCAGGAGGGUUCACAAACCGCGCAGUAUGAAAAUGUUCACCAAGACCCGAGCUUCCAUGCCAUUUAGUGUUUUUCAUUAUCAGCUGAAGAUGCACUUCACAACACAGACAACUCAAUCUGUGACAGAAUUCAUGGUAACCGUUUCUCUUUAUGGCAGUAAUGGCAGUGCGGAAAAUCUCCAUCUUAAUGUCAGAAAAGGAGAAAUUGGCAGCAGCAAGACCCAUUCCUUCCUCUUGGUUACGGAGGAAGAUAUUGGUGAGCUGCUGAUGCUUAAGUUAAAGGUGGAGGACUCGUCCUCACUGCUCAACAUGAUGUGGCCUUGGUGGAAAGGAGAUUUUCCUGAACUUCAUGUCAGAAAAAUUAGCAUUUGGAUCGGGGAGAUGCAAAAAAAGAUGAUAUUUUGUUCAAAGGAUCACCAAAAUACAAAUCAGCAAAAUUCUGAGGUAAUUUUUGUGAAAUGCAAAAACACAUGGAGGAGAUCCGUAAGGUACAAGUAUAUCAGCCAAUGAGAUGACAAAAUUUUAUCCCCUGGGGUGAAGCACUUGAAUUAUUAUUUAUUCUGAUUUUAUUUAUUUACUUCUGUAUUUGCAUUUGAAGUCUCUCUUAUGUAAUAUUUUAUAUUAUUUUAAUGCAUUAUUGUAAUGUAUUUAAAACAUCCUUUUUUACAAGCACUUAUUUUUUAACUCAUGGUUGUUUGAUGCAUAAUAAAACGGUACAAAUGUCUGUGAUGGAGAUUUAGUAAAGGCCAAAGCCUGGAAGCUGCACAUUACACACCACUGCUAUGCUCUGCUCUUGAACACAGCACUCAGAGAACCUCAGAUGAACUAAACAUUGGAUUCAGUUAGAAUAAAUAUAAAUGUCCUAGAUUAGAUAUUACAUUAGAUAUUAGGUUCAAGUACAUUGUAUUAAUCAUUGGAUUUGACAUUAGGAUAGAUUUGAUUAUAUAUUUUAUUCAUUAGAUACUACAUUAGGAUUUGGUUUAUAUUAGAUCAGAUAUCAGAUUAGAUAUUGCGUUAUGGUAGAUAUUAGAUAUUAGAAAAUGUUAAGUUAUAUAUUGAUGUUAAAUUUGGUAUUAGAAUUAGAAUAUAGUCUAAUCUCUAACAGCUAAUAUUGAAUUGAAUAAAAUAUCGAAUUGAAUCUAAUCUAAUAUAUAUUCUAAUAUCAGAUUUUACAUCAAAUAUAAUUUAACAUGUCUAGUUAAAUACGAUUAGAUUUUAGAUUUGAUUACAGAGGUGUAGUGAAUCUGGGAGGGCAGCAGAUGUGAAUAGGGGUUUAUUUCACAAUUCAUUUAACAUGUUACUGAACAUUCAUUCAACAUGUUUGCUGAAUUUAUAUCAGAUUUUUCACAUAGAGAAAGAGAAUGAGAUCUUACUGUACAUAGUUUAGAGCUUUGUUUAGAGCCAUUUAGGUACCUAAUGCCUUAUUCUAAUGUUUUUAUUGCAUUCAAAAUGGCUUCACAGAUUGUACUAAAUGCCUUUAUUCCAUUUUUUAAAAAAAUGUAAAAGCUAAAAAAGUUUAAUUGGAGAUAUAUUAAAGGAAUAGACUCCAUGAGACAUUUGAAAAGUCUUUGAAAACCCACUCCCAGAUGUUUUUCUUCUUUCCAUUUCUUAUCUUGUCUUUACUUGAUGGCACAGAAUGUAUUGGACUAUUUUCAAAUAUUCCAUUAAUUUUGAACACCACAAUAAGUGUUUUUUAAGGUAUUUUAAAUUUAUAGUGACCCUAACUGAUAGCAUAAAGCUGUGCUAACCCUAAAAAAGCUCAGCUAAAUGUUGAAUGUGUGAAGUUUUGCACUUUUAAACAAUGCACAGCAUUCUUGUUCGUGUUUUUGGAGUAUAAUGUUGUAAGCAAUGGUUAUAUAAAAUGAAACAUUGUAAUAUGUGAAUAUUAAUAAUAAAAAAACAACUAAUCACUCAAUCGACU